ACUUGACCACCUCUCCCUCACUCCAAAGGCCGCGACGACAGGAUGGAAGAUGGUAAGAGUAUUGGGAUUAUUGGUAUGGGGGACAUGGGGAAGAUGUAUGCCAGGAGGUUGAGCGAUGCGGGAUGGAAAGUCAAUGCGUGCGAUCUUCCAGACAAACUGGAUAGCUUGGUGGACGAGUUUCGAGACCGACCCAAGGUUGAAAUCAUGCCCAACGGUCAUCUCGUCUCCCGGUGCAGCGACUACAUCAUCUACAGCGUCGAGGCCAAGAACAUUGAUUGUGUUGUAAGGACGUAUGGCCCAUCCACGAAACUCGGAGCCAUCGUCGGUGGCCAGACCUCAUGCAAAGCCCCGGAGAUCGCUGCCUUUGAGAAGCAUCUUCCCAGCGAUGUCAGCAUUGUGUCCUGCCACUCUCUCCACGGCCCUGGCGUCGAUCCAAAAGGCCAACCAUUGGUCUUGAUCAAAUAUCGCGCCUCCGACGCUGCCUUCAACUUCGUCGAAAACAUCCUAUCCUGUCUCGGAUCCAAACACGUCUAUCUCACUCACGAGCAGCACGACCGAAUAACAGCCGACACCCAAGCCGUUACUCACGCAGCCUUCCUAAGCAUGGGCGCAGCAUGGAUGGCCAAUGCCCAAUUCCCCUGGGAAACGCCCCGCUACAUCGGCGGCAUCGAAAACGUAAAAAUGAACGUCACCUUGCGCAUCUACUCCAACAAGUGGCACGUCUAUGCCGGUCUCGCAAUCCUAAACCCCUCGGCGCAGAAGCAGAUCAAACAAUACGCAGAAUCCGUCACCGAGCUGUUUAAAGUCAUGCUCGCGGGCCACCGGGAAGAGCUGCGGGAAAGAAUACACGCUGCUAGGAAAGCUGUGUUCAGGGAGGAUCGAGCGAAGGAAUUGUUGCUGAGGGAUGAGGUAUUGGAUCGGUUUAGCCUGGGUGAGCUACCGGAGAAAAGGCUGAAGAAUAAUCAUUUGAGUUUGCUGGCGAUGGUGGAUUGUUGGUGGAAGUUGGGGAUUGUGCCGUACGAUCAUAUGAUUUGUUCUACUCCUCUGUUUCGUAUGUGGCUCGGUAUUACGGAAUACCUCUUCUGUAACGACGAAUUGUUGGAAGAAGUCAUCGAUACCGCCAUUGAUGAUAAUACUUUUAGAGCAGAUGACCUAGAAUUUACUUUUGCUGCACGAGACUGGAGUUCCCGCGUAAGUUUAGGUUCCUUCAACGGAUACCGUGACAAGUUCGAAGAGAUUCAACGUUACUUUGCGCCCCGGUUCCCGGAGGCUACCCGGUUGGGGAACGAGAUGAUUAAGACGAUAUUGGAGAAGACGAAGGGGGUGUGAGGAACGAGUUAGGGCUUAUUGUGUGCAUUUGUGUGAAUCGAUUAAAACCGAGACUGCGAUUUUGGCGUGUACAGUGUGGUGUGUUGAAUCGUUGGAGUAGGGAUUUGGGGAGAGUAACUGGGAGAUUUGUAGCUAGCGUCGUGGAUUUACUUUACUACAGCG